AGUGAUCCAUGCUUGUACCCUGAUGACAAAGGAAGAAUUCCUUUGUACUAUGCGGUGAUGAGAGGGCGAGUAGAGGUUGUGAGAGAGUUGAUCAGACUGAAGCCACAAUCUCUGGAUGUUCGUGACAAGGGGGAGACGAUGUUCCAUUUAUGCAUUAAGCACAAUCGCCUCGAAACCUUGAAAGCCUUAGUAGAACUGGAGCUUCGCACUACCGGCAAGCUUCUCAACUUCAAUAGUACUGAUCGCGCUGAGAAUACCAUUCUCCAUUCAGCUAUCAUGCUGAAGCAAGUUGAGACCGUAAGGUACCUCCUUUCAAUACCUGAAGUGAGGCAAAAAGCAAAAGCAAGGUUGAAGAACAAGCUUGGUUUAACAGUCCAUGAUAUUGUGGAGCUUGUUCCAGAUGACUUCAAGACCCUCGAGAUACGAGGCAUGUUGAACGGAACUGAGCCUACAACCUCAACUCCUGGCAUCAAAACUACUCAUCAGCGCAACGGUUGGAGAGAGAUUCUUGGGCUUGUGGUACACAUAUUAAGUGAUAACGACACUAAACGGCUAGAAAAGAUGAGAGGGAAUUUGAGUCUAGUGGCUACAAUGAUCGCAACUAUAACCUUUCAAGCUUUGAUUAACCCUCCUGGUGGUUUUGUUCAGCAAGCUGUGGCUCCAGGUGAGGAUCCCUUCGGUUGCUUAUUUGAUGAAGAAAAUUACGUACUAGCAUGCCCUGGAAAAGCACUUUUAGCUGUUAAAUCUCGUUCUGCUUUUCGUCGCUACCAAAGGUACAAUACCAUAUGUUUCAUUGGAUCUCUGUGUAUCACCCUCAUACUCGUAAGUGGAGUUCCUUUGAGGCAUAAACAACAGUGA